AUGUCGUUUCUCAAGCUUCAAGGGUUGCAUGUUUUUUGUACCGGCGCUGCGGGGGGGAUUGGAAGUGCCAUUGUCGCCGAGUUUCUAGCACAAGGCUGCAAAGUCACCGCCCAUGACCUCGUCCCCAACCCCCUUGCGUCAACGAACCCCAAUCUCUACUGCAUCCAAGGCGACAUUAGCUCCGAAGCCUCGAUCCACGACUCCAUCGCAGCCGCCAUCUCCCACUUUUCACAACCCAUCAGCAUCCUCUGCGCCAAUGCAGGCAUCACAGAUGAAUCGUGCAGCUACCCCAUCUGGGACAUGCCCAGCAGCCUGUGGGACCGCACCUAUGCGGUCAACGUGCGCGGCACCUUUCUCACCAUCAAGCACUUUCUCAAGUCAGUGGAAAGAUUCCAGGCCGAGAUGGGCACCCAAGUGCCCAAUGUGAGUAUCGUGGUGACGGGAUCAGAGUGUGGCGUGUUCGGGCAGGCGGGCCACGUCGAGUAUGCGAGUGGCAAGGCGGGUCUGCAGUAUGGGCUUGUGAAGACGGUCAAGAAUGAGAUUGUGAGACUGAGUGCCAGCGCGAGGAUUAAUGCCGUCGCCCCGGGCUGGGUUGAUACCAAGUUAAUUGCCGGAAGGCUGGAUGUUGCGAGUGAGAUGUGGAGGGAGGCCAAGGCUACCGUUCCGUUGCGCAAGAUUGCACAGCCAACAGAUGUCGCGAGGGCCGUGGCUUUCCUGGCUAGUCACCGCGCCGCAGGGCAUAUCUCGGGCCAGUGUAUCUCGGUGGAUGGCGGUAUGGAAGGCCGUAUUGUGUGGUCUGAAGAUGAGAUUCGCAAGGCACAAGAGAUUGCUACCGUUGAGCCCGAGUCGCCUUCUACAAAUACUGUUGAAGAGAAGUUUGGCACCGCUACUCAAGGCGUCUCUUUAACCACGGUGGAUCCCUCGACUACAUCUGAUGCGAUAAUUUCGUCACUGAGCUCUCCCUCCAAUGGUAGCCCCAAGCCCAAGAUCAAAGUCCUCCUCUCCGUCGAUUUCGACGCUGUAUCCGGCUGGCUGGGGACCGGGCAGAACCCAUCCAAUAACCUCGCAGACUACAGCUCCGGCUUCUUCAGUGCCUACGUGGGCGUCCCACGACUGCUCAAGCUCUUCGCCAAACACGGCAUCACCACCAAGACAACAUGGUUCGUACCCAUGCACAGCGCCGAAAGCUUCCCGCAAGAAUUCGCCGCCAUCAAAGACAGCGGCGCGGAAAUCGGGCUGCACGGCUACUGCCACGAAGGCGCGCCGCAGCUCAGCCUCUCCCAAGAGCGCGAAGUCUUCGAACACUGCAUAACGCUGUACCAAGAGCUGCUCGGCAAGCGGCCCUUGGGCUACCGCGCACCGCUAUACCAGCUCCGCGAAAACACCAUUGACCUGCUCGAAGAAUACGGGUUCCUCUACGACUCGAGCCUCGCGCACCACGACAGCAAACCCUACUUCCUACCCAAGCUGCCGCCCAUCCACGCCCCGGACUACGGCGCCCUUGCCUCCGCAAAGGACUGGAUGAAGCCGCUGCCUGCGCCUGCGCCGCCGACCCCCAAGACGCUCGUGGAGAUACCCGCGAAUUGGUAUGCAGAGGAUAUGACGCCCCUGCAGUUCUACCCCAACACGCCAAACUCGCAGGGCUAUGUCGAUGUGCGCGUGGUUGAGAACAUGUGGAAGGAUAAGUUUGACUGGAUUCGGAGCGAGAUGGAGGAAGGGGGUAGGGGGCGGGAUGAGGAUGAUGCGGUGGUUUUCCCGCUUGUGCUACAUCCAGAUACGAGUGGCAUGGCGCAUGUGAUUGGUAUGGUCGAGAGGGUGGUCAAGUGGCUGAAGGGCUUGGAGGCCCAGGGCGUCGUGCAGUGGUGUACGUAUGCAGAGGUUGCAGCGGAAUGGAAGGAGAGAAAUGCUGUUGGAGAGCUGUAG